AUGGGCUACGAGAUAUUUUGCAUUCGCCUAGGGAGCGUGCAUGUGAUAGCUGUUACCUCUCCAGAGAUUGCAUGCGAGUUCCUGAAGAAACAAGAUGAAAAUUUUAUGGCACGUCCUACGUUCCUAUCAGCUGAGCUAGCGAGCGGUGGAUUUUCCGGGACGAUCUUUACGACAGUUGGUGACCAGUGGAGAAAGAUGAAACGUGUAAUGGUCUCUAACAUCCUCUCUUCGGAAACUUUCCAUUGGAUGCACGACAAAAGAGCAGAGGAGGCUGAUCAUCUCGUUAACUAUGUCUACAAUGUUAGCCAGAGCAAUGCGGACGGUGUAGUCAACGUUAGGGUUGUAACACAACACUUUUGUGGAAAUAUGAUUCGGAAUAUGAUUUUUAGUAAGAGAUUUUUUGGGAAAGGCACCGAAAAUGGGGGACCUGGAGCUGAGGAAGAGGAACAUUUGGAUGGGAGUUUCACUGUACUCAAGUGUUUGUAUAAUUUCUGUAUUUCUGACUAUUUUCCGUUUCUUCGACGUAGAAUAGAUCUCGAUGGAAAUGAGAAAAGAACAAGACAAGCAGUUGAGAGUGUGAGGAAAUAUCAAGAUCCGGAAAUAGAUAUGAGAAUUAAACAAUGGCAAGAAGGAACAAAAAAAGAGAAAGAUGAUCUUCUUGAUGUUCUAAUCACUUUAAAGGAUGACCAAGGAAACACUCUAUUGACAUCGGAAGAGAUUAAGGCUCAAAUUUUGGAAAUAAUGGUAGCAACAAUUGACAACCCAUCAAACGCGGUCGAAUGGGCUAUUGCUGAGAUGAUAAACCAACCAGAGACAUUGGUAAGAGCCGUUCAAGAAUUAGACCAGGUUGUCGGAAAGAACCGGCUUGUUCAAGAAUCCGACCUGAACAAUCUCAAUUACAUUAAAGCUUGCGUUAAAGAAUCUUUUCGUCUCCAUCCAAUAGUUGCGAUUUUGCUAACCGGUCAAAUUGGGGAUGGAAUUAAGAAGUAA